CUCCAUUUAUGCCAAUAAGCAUCUUAAAUAAAACUUCCUCCCCCACUUCAUCUUAGACUUCUUCUGCGAGAUCUCGAGCAUCGAGCUUUUCUCUAUAGGACCUGAGUUAGCUUGGUUCGUGCUAUUACAAUGCUCUACCUCGUGGGACUAGGUCUCUCUGAUGAGACGGAUAUAACAGUCAAAGGCCUCGAAAUCGUUAAAAAGGCAUCCCGUGUCUACCUCGAAGCCUACACGAGUAUUCUCCUAGUAGAUCAGUCCGUCUUAGAGAACUACUAUGGCCGAUCCAUCGUAGUCGCAGACCGCGAGAUGGUCGAGUCGAAUAGCGAAGAAAUCCUCCGCGAUGCGCAUACUGAGGAUGUCGCAUUUUUAGUAGUUGGUGAUCCUUUCGGCGCGACUACGCAUACUGACCUCGUUCUUCGAGCGCGCGAGCUCUCAAUCCCUGUCCAGACGGUACCAAAUGCUUCCAUAAUGUCAGGGAUAGGAGCUACGGGGCUUCAACUAUACAACUUCGGCCAGACGGUAUCUAUGGUAUUCUUCCUAGAUAAUUGGCGCCCCGCCUCCUUUUACGACCGUAUCAAAGAGAAUCGAUCCAUUGGGCUUCAUACACUCGUGCUAUUGGACAUCAAAGUCAAGGAGCAGAGCUUAGAGAACAUGGCUCGAGGAAGGAAGAUAUACGAACCCCCUAGAUAUAUGACAGUCGGGCAAUGUGCGCAGCAGAUGCUUGAAAUCGAAGAAGAAAAGAAGGAGGGCGUUUACGGACCGGAAAGCCUAGCCAUUGGCGCCGCGAGGGUUGGCGGCAGAGAAGAGAAGUUUGUUGCCGGAACACUAAAACAGCUCUGCGAUGCAGAUGAAGCGCUCGGGCCGCCGCUACAUAGUUUAGUAUUAUUGGGCAAAAGAGCACACGAGCUAGAGAGGGAUUAUGCGCGCGAGUUUGCGGUCGAUAAGCAGACGUGGGAUACGAUUUGGAUUAGGGAUUACGGUCAGCAAUGAAGAAAGGCAUCAUUUAGGUAAUAAUCGCAAAUACACCUGUGUCUUUCACCAUCCAACUACGUUGAUUUAUUUCAUGAUUUAAUAUAGGUCAUUCCUCAGGACUAUCCCAAGCUGCCUAUAUAUAUAUAGGUAUAUAUACUCUUUCCGCGAUAGUUUGUGACAGUUAAUUAAAUUAUAGCAACCUCGUUUAUUAAUAAAUGCAACAUCUUAGCUACCCUAUGCUGUGUGAUGCGAUACAUCAGACUUUAUCAUCGACAAUAUUUCUUGCUUUAAGGGAUAAGUUUGAUGACGUCAAGAUAAGAGCCACUAGUUAAUCAUUAUUGGAGAUGUUUACAUAUUCCUUUUCCUUUAUUUUAACUUGAGACUGUCGCAGGAAAAAGCAAUUGAUAAAAGGUAAACGUACAUCUUGUCAAGUUGAUAUAAACUCGUUCUAACCUCUCAAC